CCGCCCCGUCCCCAGCCGGGACCCGCCGGCACAGAGCCCCUCCGCCCCUCCCGUUCACUCGCCCGAGGCCACAGUUUCCCCCCGGGGCCGCUCUUCCCCCCGCCGUCACAGCAGGAACCAUGCCGGCCGCCUUGCCCCCCUCGCCGCCGGGGCGGGCGGGCGCUGCCCGGCCUGAGCGGGGCCGUCCCCGGCAGGUGGAUGCCGCCGCCGCCGCCGCUCCUCCCCCGUCCCGUCCCCUGCCCGGCUCCGCGCCGCCUCUUGCCGCCGCCCCGCUCCGCUCCCAGCUGACGGGGGCAGCCCCUUGUUUACCGGCCAGGGAGGCAGCCGCCAGCCCGGCCUGCGCUGCGAGGGGCCGCCGGGGCCGACGCCGAGGGGGCCGGACGCCCCGUUUCCUGGGCCGGCGGCCGGGCGUUAUAAAAGGGGGGGGACGGCGGCGGCUCUCCUGUUCUCUUACCGACGAUGCGAAGCCGGGGCCGGCCCCCGCGCCCGCCCCGACGCCUCUGAUUCGCCCCCGCCGGGACGCGCCGAGUCGUCGGCGGCGGCUCCGGCUUCUCCAACGAGGCGGGCAUGGGACCGAGAGCGGCGGCGGCGGCGGCGCUGGCCGUGGCCGUGGUGCUGGCGGCCUGGUGCGGCCGGAGCCGCGGGGAGAUUUGCAGAAGCAUGGACAUUCGCAACAAUCUGACCCGGCUCAACAUGCUUGAGAACUGCACUGUGAUCGAGGGCCACUUGCAAAUAUUGCUGAUGUUUAAAACCAAGCCGGAAGAUUUCCGCGAGCUCAGCUUUCCGAAGCUGACGAUGAUUACAGACUACUUGCUGCUUUUCCGCGUGUACGGCCUGGAGAGUUUAAAGGGACUUUUCCCCAACCUCACUGUGAUUCGAGGAACUCAUCUGUUUUUUAACUACGCGCUAGUCAUUUUCGAGAUGGUUCACCUGAAGGAGAUCGGCCUCUAUAACCUGAUGAACAUUACUCGAGGCGCUGUGCGGAUUGAGAAGAACAACGAAUUAUGUUACUUGUCCACGAUCGACUGGUCAAGGAUUUUGGAUUCUGUAGAAGAUAAUUACAUCGUGGCCAACAAGGACGACAAAGAAGAGUGUGGAGAUGUGUGUCCGGGAACUGUGAAAGGGAAGAGCAACUGUCCGCCUACGGUGAUAAAUGGCAUUUUCAUUGAACGCUGCUGGACCCACGAUCGCUGUCAGAGGGUUUGCCCAGCUGCCUGCAAGUCCCAAGGCUGCACCUCCGAUGGUCAGUGCUGUCACAGCGAGUGUCUUGGGGACUGCACGGAGCCCAACAACCCUGAAAAAUGCGUGGCUUGCCGCAACUUCUACCUGGAAGGCAAAUGCGUGGACACUUGCCCACCCGGUUACUAUCGCUUCGAGGGGUGGCGUUGUGUGACCUUCAGCUUCUGCCAGGAACUGCACAACAAAUGCAAAAACGCCCGGGAGUCGGGGUGUCACGUUAUCCACAAUAACGAGUGCGUUCACGAAUGCCCGUCAGGGUACAUCAUGAAUUCCAGCAACUUGCACUGUACGCCCUGCGCCGGGCCCUGUCCGAAGGUUUGCGACUAUGGGAAGGAGAAGACCAUCGACUCGGUGACGUCGGCCCAGGAGCUCCGUGGCUGCACAGUUGUCAAUGGAAGCUUAGUUAUAAAUAUCCGUGGAGGAAAUAACAUAGCGGCUGAGCUAGAAGCGAAUCUUGGCUUGAUAGAAGAAAUCUCAGGUUACCUCAAAAUUCGCCGGUCUUAUGCCUUGGUUUCUCUUUCUUUUUUUCGUAAACUACAUCUGAUCAGAGGAGAAACACUAGAAGCUGGGAAUUACUCAUUUUAUGCCUUGGAUAACCAGAAUCUUCGCCAGCUCUGGGACUGGAGUAAACACAACCUCACUAUUGCACGAGGCAAACUCUUCUUCCAUUAUAAUCCCAAACUGUGUUUGUCGGAAAUCCACAAGAUGGAGGAGAUCUCGGGGACUAAGGGGCGACAGGAAAGGAACGACAUAGCCCUGAAGACCAACGGUGAUCAAGCCUCAUGUGAAAAUGAAUUGCUGAAGUUUUCUUCCAUUAGAACAUCUCAUGACAAGAUCCUGUUGAAGUGGGAGCCGUACUGGCCUCCUGAUUUCCGGGAUCUCCUGGGAUUUAUGCUUUUUUACAAAGAAGCUCCAUACCAAAACGUGACGGAGUUUGAUGGCCAGGACGCUUGUGGGUCCAAUAGCUGGACGGUUGUGGAUGUCGACCCACCCCCGCGGUCGAAUGAGCCCAAAGCCCAGGCCCAGCCAGGCUGGCUUCUGAGGGGCUUGAAGCCAUGGACGCAGUACGCCGUGUUUGUCAAAACUCUGGUCACCUUCUCAGAUGAACGAAGAACAUAUGGUGCAAAGAGUGAAAUCAUCUAUGUCCAGACCAACGCUACUGUUCCAUCGGUCCCGUUAGAUCCGAUAUCUGUUUCCAACUCUUCAUCCCAAAUCAUUCUGAAGUGGAAGCCGCCCUCGGAGCCCAAUGGAAACAUCACACACUACCUGGUGUACUGGCAGCAGCAGGCAGAAGACAGCGAGCUUUAUGAACUUGAUUACUGCUUAAAAGGAUUGAAACUGCCCUCAAGGACGUGGUCUCCCCCUUUUGAAUCCGAAGACCCUCAGAAGUACAAUCAAAGUGAAAGUGAGGAUGUCAGUGGGGAAUGUUGUUCCUGUCCUAAAACAGACUCUCAAAUACAAAAGGAGCUGGAGGAGUCUGCUUUCCGCAAGACGUUUGAGAACUAUCUUCACAAUGAGGUUUUUGUGCCCAGGCCGUCAAGAAAACGAAGAGACCUUGGCUCUGUGGCAAACGCCACUGUGGUGAUACCCACCAUCGCAUCCUCUCCGAACAAUUCUGCAAUAGCAUCUGAGAACGCAGAGGAACAGAAACCUUUUGAAAAAGUCCGGUUUAAGGAGUCUUUGGUUAUCUCAGGCCUGCGGCAUUUCACCGGGUAUCGCAUUGAGCUCCACGCCUGUAACCAUGAUGCUCAGGAGUCCCGAUGCAGUGUUGCAGCUUAUGUCAGUGCCAGGACCAUGCCGGAAGCCAAGGCUGAUGACAUCAUCGGUCCAGUUACCCAUGAAGUGGUUGAAAAAAAUACGGUGCAUUUGAAGUGGCAGGAACCAAAGGAGCCAAAUGGUCUUAUUGUGCUGUAUGAAGUGAAUUACGGACGUCUUGGGGAGACAGAGGAAGCACACUACUGCGUCUCCCGUAAGCAUUUUGCCAACGAGCAGGGCUGCAAACUCCGUGGGCUCCAGCCUGGAAACUACAGCGUCCGCAUACGAGCUACAUCACUGGCUGGAAACGGCUCGUGGACAGAACCUACCUAUUUUUAUGUGGCUGAUUAUUUGAAUGCUCAGCCUAAUAUUGCUGUUAUAAUUGUUCCGAUUAUUUUUGCCAUAAUAAUUGCUGGAAUUAUUGGAGCUGCUUACGUCCUUGUGAAAAAGAGACAAACGGAAGGACCGACCGGACCGCUCUACGCAUCCUCUAACCCCGAGUAUCUCAGCACCAGUGAUGUCUACGUCCCCGAUGAAUGGGAGGUUCCACGAGACAAGAUCACUCUCCUCCGAGAGCUGGGCCAGGGCUCCUUCGGCAUGGUGUACGAAGGAAUUGCCAAGGACAUCGUGAAGGGAGAGCCGGAGACUCGCGUAGCUGUGAAAACCGUUAACGAAUCAGCCAGCCUCCGCGAGCGCAUCGAGUUCUUAAAUGAAGCCUCUGUGAUGAAGGGGUUCAGCUGCCAUCAUGUGGUUCGCCUCCUCGGGGUGGUCUCCAAAGGGCAACCGACUCUGGUGGUCAUGGAGUUAAUGGCACAUGGAGAUUUGAAAAGUUACCUUCGCUCUUUGAGACCUGAUGCCGAGAAUAACCCUGGUCGUCCGCCACCGACGCUGAGAGAAAUGAUCCAGAUGGCUGCAGAGAUCGCCGAUGGCAUGGCCUAUCUGAAUGCCAAAAAAUUUGUUCACAGAGACCUUGCAGCUCGGAACUGUAUGGUUGCAGAAGACUUCACUGUAAAAAUCGGAGACUUCGGCAUGACCAGGGAUAUCUACGAGACGGAUUAUUACCGUAAGGGAGGCAAAGGGCUGCUGCCCGUGCGGUGGAUGGCGCCCGAGUCAUUGAAGGAUGGCGUUUUCACCACUUAUUCCGACGUGUGGUCGUUUGGUGUUGUCCUCUGGGAAAUAAGCAGUUUAGCAGAGCAGCCGUACCAGGGGCUCUCCAACGAGCAGGUGCUAAAGUUUGUGAUGGAUGGGGGGUACCUGGAUCAGCCGGACAGCUGCCCGGAGAGGCUGCACAGCCUGAUGCAGAUGUGCUGGCAGUACAACCCGAAAAUGCGCCCCACCUUCAUCGAGAUCAUCGAGAUGCUGAAGGAGGACUUGCACCCCAGCUUCCACGAGGUCUCGUUCUUCUACAGUGAGGAGAACAAACCCCUGGAAACGGAGGAGUACGAGAUGGACUUCGAGAACAUGGAGAGCAUUCCCCUCGAUCCCUCCUCGUACUCGCAGAGGGACAAAGUCCUGGGGCGGGACAAUGGACCCUCCAUGGCCCUCAAGGGGAACUAUGAAGAGCACAUACCUUACACUCACAUGAACGGUGGCAAGAAAAACGGGCGGAUUCUCUCCAUGCCCAGGUCAAGCCCUUCCUAACGCCUCCUCUUUGGCCCAAGGGUUGUGUCUGCUUUUUUCCCCUCCACAAAUCUCAGGACUCUUGUUAUUGCUGCCACAGUGUAUGACACAGAUCUACAAACUCUUCAGAUUUUUAAUCAUCUUAUGAUUAAUACUUUUCUUUUUUUUUUUUUUUUUUUUUUUUUUGCCAAGUUGACUGGUUGUCAGUGGACUUAUCUGUGAACAUAAAUGGAAGAGGUUUCCAUGGCUGCUGUCCCUCCUGUAACCAUGGUUUCAAAACAGGAAGCGACCGUGUAAGUUAAACUGAAGGAGGAGCAUCCACGUUUGCCAAGAAAAGACGUGAAGUUUGCUGGUAUCUGAGCUACAGCGUUAACGGUGCGGAACAAAACUUCUGCAGGACAAAAAGCAUUUCCAGUAGAAUUCCAGGCUUUCAGGCAUAGUCUUCACUACAGCUGAAGGAUUCAACACAGCAGUCGGACGCGCCAGAUCCUCAGAUUGACCAAUAGCUGCUGCUUUCAUACCUUUUAAAUGGGUUCAAUCCCAGGGGUGCGUGCGUGUGCGUAUGUGUGUGUGCAGUAUAUAUAUGUGGGGUGUAUAUAUAUAGCAAAAUAUACGCUUCUUUUUUUUUUGUACAUAAGUUUUGUAUGUUCUCACAGAAGCUUUCCUCUUCUCGGAAGUGUGUACUUAUCUUUUUUCCCAUUUCCCUGGAGUGACUGAAUCCUAAACAGAUUAUUUUUAUACUAAGGACUCUUGGGAGUAGGUUUUCUCUCAUUAACAAAUGAGGAAAAUGUGCUGGGAGCCAAAGGAGCAGAAAUCUGAGAUUUGUGGGUACUUUCAAGACCAAACGACGUAGGAGUCCCCUGACCUGAGAUACGGAGUUCUCUGCCCUUGCAGCAUUGAGUAUAUAUAUUGUUUGUUGUAACAUAUUUAAAAAUGUCUUUGGUUUAAAUUUUAACUUCAUAUAAAUUAUUGACUGUUUAUGAUCCUUUCGGGGAGGGGAGAAUUUGGGGGACUGUUUGGUCUUAAAGUGGUCCAGAGAUUUCAGAAUGAACUAAUUUUAGCGGAUGACCCUUUCAGGAGCUACGAAGCCCGUGUUGAGUUUAUACUCGACAAGGCUUUCUAGCGCAGUUCCCCGAUUGAUCCCCUGCAGCCAGCUGCCUCCAGCCGAAGCCCUGAGAUAACGUAGUUGGGACUUUGCUUGGUCGUUGGGGGCUGAAGGACACCGGAACAUCCUGGUCCUGCUGCUCCUGUGCCCCUGCGCCCCCGGCUUGGCCUUCUGCGCGCGCUGUGCCGCAGGAGCAGCGGCAAGAGGGGAGGACCCUGACCCAAAAAAGAGACACUAAAGCCAAUGUGAAGGGGGGAGAGCGCGAGGCUCUUGGCUCUGCACGUCGAGCAGAAGCUGAGUGUGACUGUGGUUAGUACCCGCUGCCUGUCUGAUGCUGCUCCGGGGUCUGGCCUCCUGCUGCCCGCGGGCCUUCGAUGUUUUCCUGAGAUACUCACACUGCGUCCCGCGGGCUCCCCGGGGCGCCUGCCGCAGCCACCGCUUUCAGCUCCUCGGGACGUCAACUUUCGUCUUCUGGACUGUGCUUUGUUUUGCUGCUGUUCGCCUAGAAGACAGAGCCGAUUAGCAUAAGGUGUGAGAAAAUAAUUGUGAAACUAAACGUGUCUGGUGGUGCUGAGGGCGCGUGCUGGCAGGGAGAAGCGCUAAAGCAAGAAGUGAAGGUGAUGGAUGGUGCAGGCCCUUGUCAUACGGGAGGUGGCUUCAAAAGGGGAGAGAGAUGCUCCGUCCUCCGCUGCUCCUCCGGGAGAAGUCCACGAGCCAGUUCGUGCUCUCUGCCAGGAGGAAAGGAGCUUCUCCCGACUCAGUGCGAGUGGGGAGGCCGAGCCGGUGUGUGGCUGUUUAUUCCUGGCAGGAGCUGGGUGGGAAGCGCCUCUCGAUCUGCCCCGCGCCGUAGCUCAGCCCGUCGGUGCGAGGGCAGGGGAGGACGACGGACCCUGAGCACCCCCAGGAGCUGCAGGGCCUUUGCGCUGGGUGAAGGGGGUCGGUUCGGCCAAAGGUGGAGGGUGCCGGGUGCUCACAAAGGUGGGUGGCAGGUGGACAGUCCAGACAGGGGUAGGAACCUUCGAUUUCAAAAGGCCUCGUUUACAUUUCUUCUGCUUCAUGAAGUAGUAACUGUUUAGCAGCUCUGUACCACACUGCAGGAAAGAAGACAUAUUCUCACACUUUUCUAAGGAAGAGAAGUUUUUCUUAUUAGAAAUUUUUUAUUUAUUUUAAUAUAUAAAACACAGUUUAAAAAAAAAAAAAAAAACAACAAACAACAAUUUGUUUCCUUAAACACACAGAACAUGUAAAUUUGUAUCCGUAAAAUCUUGGCAGGUGGAUGUGGUGGGAUUAUUUUUGUCCUGUUCUGGUGCAGUCUACCUCAGUGUUUCUUAAGGAUAUUUUUAAUACUACGCACCUCUGAACCUGUUUAAAUAUUCUGGUCUGGACCUAUUGUGGAUCAGGGAAAAUCAAUAUCAGCCGAUUCCAAUACCAGGGACCAUUCGCCGAAGGGGAGGGGCAGGAGAACGGCUCGUCACCGGUUAUCGCCAACCCGAGCGGUAGCCACCAAAGGAACCGACUUACAACUUUGGAUGUGAUAUUUUGAUAUCAUCCUCUUAGUUCCGUUGUGAUAAAGGAAAAAAAGAGAACAAAAGAGCCGUUUAAAUGUUGGGGCGUUAGUGAACGGAGAGGAGCAGAGCGCUUCCCUCCGGAGCAGGGACUGCGCCCAGCCCUCGGCGCUGCCGGUGGAUGGGGGCGUCCUGGUCACUGCCCUUCUGGCUGCGCGCGGGUGAUCCGGGCUCCUGCCGGUGGGAUGGGACCUCCUGCAAUAAACCCUCCCCGGCAUGUCCUUGUUUGGGUGACAUUUGAAAUUGCAGUGAUCGUAACUGUGGGAAAAGAAGAUCUUUUCUAUAAACAAACCUUGGAACCUUGUAUUGGGCCUGGCUUUGAAAUUCAGUUGAUAUUGGUUGGCCCUCUGGGUGCGCCCGAUUUGCAGCACGCGGGUCACUGGACGAGGGACUUGUCUUGUGGCCAGACAGCGCUUUCGCCUGGCUCUUGGGGUCGUCUUCACUCGGCACCACAUGGAGCAGCUGUUUAUACCCAAUGCUGCGCCUAAAGAUUAUCCCAGUCAUCCUGUUACAGUGCCAAGGGUGAGGAAAGGUGUAUGGUACUAGUGCGGAGAUAUUUUUCCCCUUUUUAGAAACAAAAAAAAAAUAACACUAGCGGUUGCCACUUGUGGCUGUUAAAGAUUACACUCGCUGAACUGUAGAAUUAGGAAGAAUAAAUGAACAUCGUUUGUAAAGCCCAGCUCUCACUUCCGGAAAACCCUCCACUCCCAGCCCGCGGCCGACGCUUUGGUCUCUGUUGGUGGAAGAUCCUCGCCCUGGGGAUGCCAAAACCCCUCCUGGGAUCUCGCCGAUGCUUGUUCAGAGGCACCGGGGGUUGACCACAAGCUUCGAUUGCACGUACUUGACGAAACCUUCUCAGUGCGGGGCGUUGCCAAGGGCUCCUGCCCGGGAAGGUGCGGGCCGUGCCUCCGUCAGGGAGCUGCUGCUGUUUGCUCCGGGAAGAUCCCCGUCGGGGUGAGAAUUCCACAGCUGCAGCGGGAGCAGUGGCUGCUGCGGAGUGACGAGGAGGCGGCAGCGCAGGGAGGAUGCUGGAGGAGGGCAGCCCUGACCGGCGGCUGGGAAGCUCUCUCUGUCCUCGAGGCAGCUUUCGUUGGAGGGUCGGAUCCUGCCCGUUGUGGGCAGAGAACCUCCCCCUCGCAGCAGGACGGACUUGUCAACUGUUGAGGAGCCGCUGGAGCCUCCUGCGCGCGGUCUGGGGACGGGGAGGGUGCCAGCAACAGCCAGAGGUUCGCUGUCUCCAAAGCUGGUGAAGCGGGAGGUAUAAAACCAGCUUUCUGUGCUCUGCUGUGUUUUUAUUAGCAGGUGUUCGAAGCGUGAGGCUGGAGAGGUUUCUCAGAAGCGUUUGCACGUUGAAUUGCCACUUCCUGAACGCCUCUUGCAAAUCUGGUCCUUCUCUUGCAGUACGGCGCAGCGUUGCAAAGCUCGGCUGCCAGCUUAGAAACUGCCUUUGUCGGCUGCUUGUAAAUACUCUAUUGCGUUGUAAAAUAGAAGAGCUACUAACGUAAACUCUGCGCCAGGAAAGGUGACAGGAACUAGACCACGCUGCAGGGAGAAUAUUUUUGUUGGUCGUAAAGCAGCUGGGUUGGGGUGGAAGAGGCUGCUCUGAGGUUGCUAAAGGGUACUCUUAAUUUAUGGGUAGCGUAUCCAUCUCCUCCGCAAUUUGUAUUAUAGCGAUGGGACACUUUGCUUAAUUUUAGUAUGUUGCAUAUAAUGUUGGUAUCUCUUUGGAAAAAUCUCAAAGUUACUUACUGUGUUGUUGACGUGACAAGGAUGAAGGCGAGUAGGAAAAGACAGGAGCGGGACGGGUGCUGCGUCGGUUAUUCUUGAGCCUCCGUUCUGGGGAGGGAGAGAGGCCAUCGAGUUCCCUUUAACAUCACUGUGAUACGAAGACGGACCCCGAGGUAUUCCGGGCCCUUCACUGCGAGCAGUGAUUCCUCAUACCAAGACUGGAAUCUUGUUUUACAAGUCAGAAAGUAAAAUAUCUUUGUGCCAUAAAAAAAAAAAAAA